UAGACUAUACUAUACAUAAAGGCAGGCGUUUUCCAACUGUGAAAACCUAAAAACAAAUCAAGAAACUAAUUUUAAAAAGUUCUUGAAUUGUUUGCUUAUCAUGUCGAGCUACAUUGCCAGAAAGGGUCCAUUGGUAUUCUCCAGCCUGGGCAAGUGGGCCUACAAUUUAUCGGGUUUCAACCAAUACGGUCUGCACCGCGACGAUUGCCUUCACGAGAACGAAGAUGUGAAGGAGGCCAUCCGUCGUCUGCCCCGUAAGUUGUACGAUGAGCGCAACUACCGUAUUAUGCGUGCUCUGCAUUUGUCCAUGACCAAAACGAUUCUACCCAAGGAGCAAUGGACUAAAUACGAGGAGGAUGUGAAAUACUUGGAACCCUAUCUGAACGAAGUCAUCCAAGAGCGCGAGGAGCGCGAGGAUUGGAAUAAAAAUCAUUAAAUGGCUUAUCUUAGCCAAA